AUGUUCGAGCGUCCGCCGACGGUCGAGUACGGCCCCGCGGCCUCGACGGACAACCCGCCCGAGGACCUCAUCAACGCCGUGUCGGCGGCCAAGUUCCGCGAGCUCAUCAUCGAGGCGCGGCACAUCUACCAGGAGCAGGAGUACGCGAAGCUCUCGACCUCCGAAAAGUUCGACCGCCUCGUCCUCCGCUACAAGCUCGCCCACGCCGACCUGCCACCGGACCUCCAGCCCGGGUGGUAUAGGCGCGAGGAGCUCGACGCGAUGGACGAGGAGACGCUCAACGCCGGCAUCGAUGUCGCCGUUGGCAACGCCAAGCGGCGCCGCGCGGAAUUCGAGGCGGAGCAGGCGCCGAAGCGCCAGAAGCAAGCCGGGCCGUCGCAGCAGGGCAAGUUCGUGGGCCAGAGCGUCGGCGAGGGCACGAGCGCUCAGACCCAUGCCUCGAACCUGAGCUAUUCCGCGUGGCGGAAGAUGCUGCCCGACCGGGAAAUCUGGUUCGGCUUCAUCAGCGUCCCCGGCUUCGACGACUGCCCCGGCGUCUCCCGCGGCGCGAACCAGCCGCGGCUGCCGCCGUUCAAGCACGCCUACAAAGGCAUCGGCAAGGCCAUGGCCGAACACUGGGAGCAGUGCCCCACCUGCCUCGCCAACGCGUGGAAGAUCUACACGCGCGAGGCCAAGCUGCCGAAGCUCGAGUUCGGCAACGCGGAGGGCCGGUACUACCCCACGGACAACAGCGUCGUCAAGUGGCUCCACUUCUGCGACGUCGGCAAGGAAUACGCCGCCGGCCGGCCGCAGCCCUACACGCUCACGCCGAAAACGCUCACGCACUUCAAGCAGGGCGUCGAAAUCCGCCCGGACAUCGUCGACUCGGAGGAGACCGCCGCUGCCGCGGAGGCCGCCGCGGAGGCCGCCGCGGAGGCCGCCGCCGAGGCCGUCGCCGCCGCCGCCGCCGCCGCGAGCGACGCGGAGCUCGCGGCCGAUGCCGACGCGUGGGACUAG